CUUCCGGUGACAUCACACCUACCAGGAGAGGCUACAUUCUAGUCAGUACGCAGGUUCCUACAAUAUAGGAUCCGCUCAGUAGAUAUCUUCUAUAUAAGAUCCUUCUGCUGAUUGACCCAUCACGGAUGGAUAGGGACAGGGACAAGAUGACAGAUAGUAUAAUAAAUCUCACCCUGGAGAUCCUCUUCCGGCUUAUUGGAGAGGACUACACAGUAGUGAAGAAGACCUCUAGUGAGCGCUGUCAGGCCCCUGUGUCUGGAGAAUGGGGAAAAACCCUGAGCCCAGUCACAGGACCUCCACCUCACCCUCUGAUAGAGGAGGAAGUCAAUAGAGAGAAGAUCCUAGAACUCGCCAACAAGAUCAUUGAGCUGCUGACUGGAGAGGUUCCUAUAAGGUGUCAGGAUGUCACUGUCUAUCUCUCCAUGGAGGAGUGGGAGUAUUUAGAAGGACACAAAGAUCUGUACAAGGAUGUCAUGAUGGAGGAUCACCAAACCCUCAGAUCACAAGUUAAGGAAGAGAGAACAACACCAGAGAGAUGUCCCAGUCCUCUUAUUCCAGAGGAUGGUUCAGAAGAACAUCAUAAUGUUCCACAGGUUGAUCAGCUUUUGAAUAAUAUCAAGGCUGAAGAGACAUAUGUGAGGGGCGAUGAGCAGAGUAUAGAGGACAGCCCCACAGAUAACCACCCAGAUGACUGUACCAGGAGCUCAGAGGAACAUCUGAUAACUUCCGACUUUAAAGCAGAUGAUCAUGAAGAUACAUAUGAAGAGCAUGUCAUUAUCCUAGAUGUACCCUCGGCCUUUCAUGGCAAAGAUGGAUCAUCUGAUCCUUGGGAUGGGUUCCGAUCUUCUGAUUCAUCACAGACUGUUAGUCACAAAGAGAGUGCUGAACAUCAGAGAAUUCACACAGGGGAGAAGUCAUUUUCAUGUUCAGAAUGUGGAAAACGUUUUAACCGUAAAUCAAAUCUUCUUACACAUCAGAGAAUUCACACGGGGGAGAAACCGUUUUCCUGUUCAGAAUGUGGGAAAGGUUUUAACAGUAAAUCAAAUCUUAUUAUGCAUGAGAGAAGUCACACAGGGGAGAAGCCCUUUUCAUGUUCCGAAUGUGGGAAACAUUUUAGCAUUAAAUCCAGUCUUGUAAAACAUAAGAGAAUUCACACAGGGGAGAAGCCAUUUUCAUGUUCAGAGUGUGGAGAAAGUUUUAACGAUCAGACCAUUCUUAUAAGCCAUCAGAGAAUUCACACAGGAGAGAGACCAUUUUCCUGUUCAGAAUGUGGAAAAUGUUUUACAAUCAAAUCAAACCUUGUUAACCACCAGAGAAUUCACACAGGGGAGAAGCCAUUUUCCUGUUCAGAAUGUGGAGAACGUUUUAACUCUCGAUCAGUCCUUGUAAACCAUCGGAGAAUUCACACAGGGGAGAAACCAUUUUCCUGUUCAGAAUGUGGGAAAUGUUUUAACCGUAGAUCCUAUCUUGUCACACAUCAGAGAAUUCACACAGGGGAGAAGCCGUUUUCCUGUUCAGAAUGUGGAAAAUGUUUUGCAGAUAGACCACAUCUUGUUGCACAUCAGAGAAUUCAUGCUGAGAAGCCAUUUCCCUGUUCAGAUUGUGGGAAAUGGUUUACAGAUACAACACAACUUGCUACACAUCAGAGAAUUCACACAGGGGAGAAACCAUUUUCCUGUUCAGAUUGUGGGAAAUCUUUCAACCAGAAAGCAAGUCUUGUUAGACAUUGCAGGGGUCACACGGGGGAGAAGUAAUUUCGGUGUUCAGAAUGUGGGAAAUAUUUUAACCAUUAAUCCGAUUUUGAUAAAUAUCAGAGAAUUCACACGGGGAGAAGCCAUUUUUCAUGCAUUGACAAUCAACUUAUGGUCUGUGGUAGCGGAAUCCAUAACGGAAUAACCCGAACUUGAAAACAGAAGUUCACUCAUCCCUAGUUCUAACCAAAAGUCAGCUCUAAUGGCACAUCAAUGAACUUACACAGAACAAUAUUUCCAUGCCCAAAAUGUGGUUAACGACUUACCCACAAGUUACAUAUUCCUACCCCUUAACCCAAUUUUCUGUUUUCAUAUUUAACCCCCUAUCCUCCUAGAGACAUGUUUUUAUUUUUGUAAAAACAAAACCACAAUUCAAUUUUUAUCUUUUUUUUAUACUUUUUAAAACUUAUUUUUUUACUUUUUCAGCCCUCCAAGGGGACCUGAAUGUGCAGUCAUUAGAUUGUAAGUCCUAUUCAGUAAUGGGAUUUAUUACAUUACUGAAUAGGAAUUUCAGUAUAUUCCAAUGCAGUGGUGCCACCUGCAGGCCUACAUUGGAAUAUAUAUCGUAUUUUUCGCCCUAUACGAUCCACUCCCCCCCCCCCCAAAGU